UUCUUCGUAAUUUAGGUAUUUUAUUUCAUCCUCAUAUAGAAUUGCCUUUUUCUUUUAAUUUUUAAAUGUAAAUCCGAAUUGGUCUAUUAACUAUUUUACCAAUCGUCGUUAGAGAUGAUUGCCAAUAAAGAGUUAGAAUACGUGAAAUUUAAAAACUUUAUCAAGCGGUUACUUUCGCUCAUAGGUGCUUGGUCAACAGAAAAGUCGAAUAUAUUUGUACGAUCAUUGUUAUAUAUACAUCUUUCUUUUUAUAUUAUACCUUCAAUCGGAGUUUUGAAUUUUGUCAAUAUUAAUAUAUUAAAUAUUAGAAUUGUAGCAAGAGGCUUAGGUAUUCUCAUGGGAUUGUCAACGAAUAUUAUGAAAGCAGCCUGUAUAGUUGUUAAUCACAAGGAUGUUAAUGAAUUACGGACAAUUUUCGAUUCAUAUUUCGACACGUCGAUAAGAAAACCAGAAUUAUUGAACAUUGUUUUAAAUGGAGUAUCGAGUUUUCGUCUUUUAACCAUAAUUGGCACAGUGUUGACAACAAUUAUUUGCUCAUGUUAUGCGUUGUUUCCAGUUAUUUCUGUGGUUAAUCAAUUUAAACAAUACUCAGAGCCUAUAAAAUACAAGCAUGUUUUCCCAAUAAUAUACCCAUGGAAUGAUUCAUUUAAUAGUGUGGUAUAUUAUCUACAUAUACUUAAUGAAAAUUUAACAAGUUUUAGUCUUAUUGUAAUUACUUCAGGUGUUGACAGUCUAUUUAUUUAUUAUAUUUUUCAUUUAAUUGGCAUGGUUCGUGAAAUAUCAUAUCUUAUAUCGUCUCUCAAUAAUCAAGAUAACAUUGAAGCGACUAUAAAACAGUGUAUUUUUAAAUAUGAAUUAUUGUUAAAGUGCCGGGAUAAAAUUGAAAUUAUUUUCGGACCAAUUAUUCUGUGGAACAUGAAAACGACUUCUCUUACGUUAUGUGCUAGUAUUCUUCAACUGUCAAAUGCUAAAUCAACACCUUUGGUAUUUAUAGUAUUAUGUAUAGCCCUAACAAGUCUAAAAAUAUUUCAAGCUUUCAUUUUAGGAUGGAUGGGAUCACGUCUCACUAUUGAGAGUGAAAAACUACGUGACGUUAUAUAUGCAGCUGAUUGGCUGGGAAAUAAACAAGUAAUGAAUUCAAUAAUUAUUAUGCUCUCUCAAAAACCACUGGUGAUAAAAGCGUGUCAAUUUGCUACUGUUUCAAUCGAAAUGUUUUCAGCAAUCAUAAAUACAACGAUAUCAUAUUACUUAUUAUUGAAAAAUUUCGAAAUAGACUCUUAAAUACUUGGUCAAUUUUAUACGUCGAAAACUAAGUGAUGAUAAUUUAAAUUCAUAACCGUAUCCUUUUAUAAGUUUAUCUUCAUGUGUCAUUAUUAUAUUAGCAGUUAUGAUAUUUGACAGUUAAUUGUUAAAUAUAUAUAAUAAUAUAAGCUCUCAAUGAUUAAUAGAAAUUUAAUUUUCAUUCUGCACAGUAGAAUAUUUA